UAAACGAGUUCUGAAACGAAAGUUGUACAUACCAAAUAGGGAUGCUCAUAUUAACCGUUUAACCGUUAACCGAAAUUUAAAUUUUUGACCGAUUAAUAAUAUCAGUUAAACGGUUAAAAUGUUACGUUUUUUUUCCGUUUUUUCAUCUGCAUGGUUAAAAAAACUAUCAUAUUAAUAUUAUUCAUAGCCUAUAUCCGUUUACUCACGGGGCGUGUCGACACGCGCAACCACACGUGACUGCCUACAGAAAUAUUUUGCUGAGUGUGCAAGCAAAAUGAAGCGAGCAAAAGAAGUACUGUGUGGGACAAUUUUGACAGAAAGGGCGAGGAAGUUACUUGUAAAAUAUGCCACGCUGUAUUAAAAUACAGCAGUAGUACAAGUACAAUGCAGUAUCACUUGCGAAGCAAACAUCCACAAGCAUCGAGUGAUGAACGGCAACAAACUUUGCCCCCCAUGUUAUCAGGGAGAAGAUGCGAUGCACGGCGAUCUGAGGAAAUAACGCAGAGGAUCUGUUUAAUGGUAAUAAAAGACAUUUUGCCCAUCAGUGUCGUCUGUGGUGAAGGAUUUCAAGAGCUAUUGGGCUAUAUUGAGCCCAAUUACGAAAUCCCAUCGAGAUGUACUAUUACCCGUAGAAUUGAAGCCCGCUUUGAGGAGAGAAAAAAACGCUUAAAUCACAACUCGAAAGUACAAAGUUCGUGGCCCUUACGACUGACUGCUGGACGGCACUCACAACGGAGAGCUAUAUAACAAUAACGUGCCACUACAUCGAUGAGGACUGGCAAGUUAAUUCAGCUGUCCUACUAACACAGAGUAUGGCAAGCAGGCACACGGCUGAGAACCUCGCAGCUAAACUAGUUGAUGCUGUAGAGACAUGGGGACUUCAUGGGAAAGUGUCUGCAUGUGUUCAUGACAAUGCACGCAACAUAGUGGCUGCAAACUCUCCAGAACGGGUGAACUGGGACUCGGUUCCCUGUUUUGCGCAUACAUUACAGCUCGCUGUAAAUGACGGAUUUAAUGUGUUUGUGCAUCGGGUGAUCGUUGCAGCUGGGCGGCUUGUUAGGCACUUUAACCACAGCACCCUUGCAUCCAAGGCACUGGAAGCCAAACAAGAACAGAUGCAACUUCCAAAACACCACCUCAUUCAGUCGUGUAAGACAAGGUGGAACUCGGUCUGUGACAUGUUUGGAAGACUACUCGAACAAAGGUGGGCUGUUACAGCUGUUCUGUCUGACCGAACGGUGACAAGGCUGCAAGAUGCCAGAACCCUGGAGAUACGAGACGAACACUGGCAGAUAAUGGAGGAGAUCGCGCCAGUCUUGGAAACUUUAAAAUGUGCAACCACCAUAAUGUCAUCAGAAAAAAACGUUUCAAUUUCCAACAUUUACCCCAUCACUUUUAGCCUGCUAAACACACACCUGUUGAGAGUUGAGAAUGACGGCCACAGAGUGAUGGAGUUCAAGGCAAAGGUUCGGCAGUCAUUAAGUGGCCGCAUGGAGGUUGAAAAGGAUGAUCUGGUGGCCAAACCUGCGCUGAUCGCCUCUGUCCUGGACCCUCGCCAUAAACAUCUUCCUUUUUUUGCUCAAACGGAGAAACAAGCCGCAAAAGCAAAACUUACUGAAAUGUGUGCUGCUUUGGAAAUGGCUACUACGGGGGGAGAUGAGAAAGCGGCGUCCGCUGGCCAAGCUGGCGAUAAAGAACCCGGCGAAUGCAAUGCAAUGAUGUUGCUCCUGGGAGGUGACUACAGCACCCCUCGACAAGCCACUGAUUGUCCAGAAGCAGAGGUUGACAUCUAUAUGAGAGACGAUCCUCCCUCUCUGGAUAUUAAUCCUCUUGACUGGUGGAAAGAAAAUGAAAGGCGCUUCCUGAAGCUGGCCAUUCUAGCGAGACGUUAUCUGUGCAUUCCCGGGACAUCUGUGCCAUCGGAGAGGGUGUUUUCUGCCGCGGGUCUUACUGUCAACAGGCUGCGCUCCAGAUUAACCCCACAGCAUGUAGACAUGUUACUUUUUUUAAAUAAAAACUAGAAAAGGUCCGUGUUGAGGUAGGCCUGCUAUUUUUAUUUUACGAAAAAACUUUGUCUGACAGGAAAAAAAGCCGGUUUUCAAACGGAGUCCGUUUUCUUUUUGUCAUUUUAAUUUUCUAAUUAUUUAAGUCAAAAGAAUAUUUAGGGUAGGCCUAUUUUGUUUUUAUUUAUAUUAUUUAUAUUAUUUAAUUCAGUUUUUCUUCAGUUGUCACUGUCAGAAAUGUCACUGUCAGAAAAUUUACAGUUUUAUUUGCUGUAAAAAAAUAUUUGAAGGUUCUGUUGUUGAUCUGUUCUGUAUGCUGCUGUUUGCACGUUAAAAUAAACCCAUGAUAAAAACAUAAAAACGCUCU